UAAAGCUGAGCUGUAUUUCCUGAAAUUCUGUGACACACACAGAAGAUGAAAGCAGUUCCACAGAAUAUAGCUUUGAUAGUUUGCCUGUGAGGUCUAUGUUCAUCUAUGCUGUUGUCAUGGAUCCAUGUGACGGAGAGGGGAGGGCGAGGGGCCAAACUCAUAGAAAAGGAGUUCAGCAAAAGAAUGUGGGGAGAGAUUGAAACAAGUGUGUGAGCAACCAAAGUCUGAAGCUGCAGAAGUCGGCCUGAAAUGAAGGUGAAAGCCACAGCACACUAAACACACUGUAUUGGGACGAGUGCCAUGAUGAAUGUAACAGAGGUCUACAAGGGAAUAGAUAACAUCUACAAUGGCAAUGGAAGCACGUUUUUCCUGAAAGUAUCUGCCCCCCUAAACAUAGCCAUUAAUAUCAGCUCCAUCAUCAUCCUCUCCAUCACCAUGAUAUCACUUGGAUGCAAGAUGGAGAUUUCGAAAAUUAGGACCCAUUUCCUUAAGCCGAAAGGAGUAGCCAUUGCAAUACUGGCCCAGUUCGGCAUCAUGCCACUGACUGCUUUCGGUCUGGCCAAAUGCCUGCAGAUGGAUCCCAUCAAGACUGUGACUGUGCUCAUUUGUGGCUGCUGCCCAGGAGGAAGCUUAUCGAACAUUUUUUCCUUGGCCAUAAAGGGUGACAUGAACCUCAGCAUUGUAAUGACCACUUGCUCCAGCAUUGCAGCUCUGGGUCUGAUGCCUUUGCUGCUCUUUAUCUUCUGCCAAGGCUUCCCCGGUAUGGAGAACGCUGUACCAUACUUCGGCAUCAUCACUCUUCUCGUAUACACCCUGGUGCCUUGCUCCAUUGGCAUUGCCAUUAAUCACUACAAACCAAACUACACACCGUUCAUCUUAAAAGCUGGUCUCAGCAUCCUGAUCAUCUUCAGCAUCAUUAUUGCCAUCUUGUCUGCUGUUGCCAUCAAAGACGUACUAUGGAUGAUCAUCAUGCCUGAUGUUCUGGCUGUGGCGGCGCUGAUGCCACUGAUAGGUUUUAUGCUGGGAUAUAUCAUAUCCAUCUUAUGCAGACUCGGUCCACAAUGCAGCAGGACCAUCUCCAUGGAAACAGGGUGUCAAAAUGUCCAGCUGUGUGUUGCCAUCUUAAAGGUGGCCUUUACUCCACAGGUCAUUGGACCCAUGUUUCUCUUCCCUCUGAUAUACAUAACAUUCCAGUGUGCUGAGGCUCUUCUUCUGGUCCUGUGCUUCAGAUGUUACCAAACAUUCAAACCGCCAGCUGAGGAAACAAGAAAAGACGUUGGCAGUGCUGACGUUAAACAAGAAGAAGAAGCUUGGAGGCAGAAAACAUAACAACAUGACAGCGUCACAGACCACAACGUGCUGGAGAGGGAAACGAAUGAUGAUGAUGCAUCCACUCAACACACUCAGUGUCUCAAUAUUAUUUGCAUAUUCAUCACUCAGACCUAUGAUGCUGAUAUGAAGAUCACUGAAGCAACAAUUACCACAUAAAUUACUGUUUUACUUAUUCAAGCCUAUAGAAUGUAAACUGUGGGUAGUGCAUGAUGAACUAGGAAUAUAUGAUAACAAAUAAUGACAUUUUAUAUUCAUAUUUUUGUAUUUAAAUUAUCUUAAAGACCCCUCCACAAAAAAUGUUUUCUUCUUGUUCAUUCUCUUGAAUAUUGGAGCUUCACUGUGUAGUUUGACACUAAAAGGCUCUUUUCACAUUCCUCGGCUAAUGGGGGGGAAAGUUUCUCUGUGCUCAAUGAAAAUCUCACUUAAAGAUGUGUAUCUACAAGCAUGAUUUGUGACAUCACAAAAUUGAAGCCCCCAGUGCACAUACACUGAGAAUGGA